GGGCGCUUGUUUGGGAUUGGACAAACCAGUCACAAGAUGAUGGGAAGUAAAGAAAAAAAACAUUGAAAGCGUCUCUACCAUUCAGAGCAGCAGCUGCAGCUUCAGGGAAUUUCUAACUCUACAACAAUGAGUGAAUCACUGGUGGUGUGCGAUGUGGAUGAAGAUCUGGUUAAAAAGCUGAAGGAGUUCCGCUUCCGCAAGGAGACCAAUAAUGCGGCCAUCGUUAUGAAGAUCGAUAAAGACAAGCAGCUGGUUAUACUUGAAGAAGAACACGAGGAUAUUUCUCCUGAUGAUCUAAAAGAUGAACUGCCUGAGAGACAGCCAAGAUUUAUCGUCUACAGUUACAAAUACCAGCAUGAUGAUGGACGCGUUUCCUAUCCUCUCUGCUUCAUCUUCUCCAGUCCAGUGGGCUGCAGACCAGAGCAGCAGAUGAUGUACGCAGGAAGCAAAAACAAACUGGUGCAUACCGUUCAACUGUCCAAGGUGUUUGAGAUCAGAAACACAGAGGACCUAACAGAGGAAUGGCUUAGAGAGAAACUCGGGUUCUUCGGCUAAAGUCCUCCCUGAGUGGUCUGGGAUGUGAGGAGGAUCCAGAUUGUGUCAUCUCCUGGGAAGAACACACCAUAGUCUAUGUUCCCCUCCUCUUUGUACCAGACCUGAUUUAAAUAGUGUUUGGAAAUACUUUCCCCACUCAGUUGUAGGACUCCUUGGUAAUAGUUUACGGCAUAUUACAAUUCAGUGAGCCAGUAGGUUCAGACAAUCACAGAAGUUUGUAAAAGUUUCUGAGACUAAAGCUGACCUAUAACUGAAAAUACUAUUUGACGCAGGUCUGCAUCUGUAUUCCAUACACUCUCUCCAUGUGCCAGUUGUGUCUGUACUGAAUUAACACUCCCAUGGCUCUUAAGUGGACAGAAAUUGAUAGUACUCGUUUGCCCCUUCCUAAACAUGUUCACUCAGGAGAGUUUAAAGGCAUUCUAACAACAGUUUCUUUUUAUGUUUAAUAGUUUUUCAUAAUUUGAGGGAGUCUUUUAGAUUUUUUGUGUAUGUAGGGUUAGACCAUAUGAACAGACACUUUAUAGCAGUAAUUUUAUUUUGUUGUGGAAACAAACCUCCUGCCAGACCAUCUGAGUGAUCAUAGCUUCAUUUCAGAGAAUAUAGAGUUCAGCUUUAGUCAAUUGUUCCUUCAGUAUUCAUUUAAACUGUAAAUAACAAGAACACUAAGACCAUUUGAAAAGUGGCACCAAUAAGACUUAGAUCUGAUGUGUUGUACCUUCUCCUGUGCACAUGAACCGACCAGCUGGCUGAAGAGGUGCUUAUUGCGCUGCAGAUUUUCCCUUCCAGUCAGAACCUCAGAUCACAUCUUUAUGUUUCUGUUGAGAGAAAAAAACAGUGUGACUCGUAGGUAAAGCUAUACUUUGCCUUUGACCUGCAUAUUUGUUACAACAAUAUCACACUCCUGAACACAAGAUUUAAACUGAAACAUUCCAAACUGACCACUUAAAUACUGACAACAAACCUCCAUCUCCAGCGACCAUGACAGUCUUGAAAACACUGCACACAGGGGGGGACCUCGCUGGUCCUCUUUUUAAUCUACUGGGCUACGCUAUAUAAGUGGGUUUCUGUGUCUUUAGGGAAAUUGUUGGCUAAUAUUGUGCAUUAUAGCUAUUGCUGUUAUUAGUGUUUAUGAAUGUUGUGCUUCAUUCCGAUGUAAAGCCACUUUGAUUUGCUUAGUGGUAGUCGCAGCCUUGAGAACGACGGCUGUGGCUUCUCCAAAUGCCAGUUGUGCUUAAUAUUUAGACUUGGUAGUUAAAGGACAGCAUCUGGGCAAUUUCCAUUUUCCAUACCGAACAGGGUCCGACCGACAUAGCUUUUUUUAAAGCUGAUACUGAUGUGUGUGUACUGAAUGUGCAAGCAGCUCAUUUUGUGCCAAUAUGUAAUAUCUAUAGAUAUGCAUUUCAUUUUGUAUUUCAUCAGUAUUCCAUCAUGUUGGGUUGCAAAUUAGCACAUUUCUAAUCUAAUGUGUUGGAGUACAGAGUUAAAACAACAUAAAAUGCAACACUUUCCAAACGCCUCUGGACGCUCUUGUAUGCAUCUGACUAUUUCUCAUGCCCCAAUGUGACAGUUUUUUGUUUCCUGCUGAAGAUCCUCUGAAAUGAGAUUUCAAUCAAUCCAACUAACUAAAACUCCAAACUAGUUGCACUUAACAGCAUGGCAACCAGCUCCAGAAAGUUAAAGCUGCAAUAUUGUAUUGCAGGUGCUAUUGACUGGUUUCAUGUGAGCUGUGAGAGAGAAGCCUCCAUUGUGCUGGGGCUGGAUGACUCGAGUGGCACAUGUCUCAUUCUUCAGUAAAGCUUAAUAUCAGCUCAGUAUAUUGGUCUGACCCUAAUAAAGAAUAAUUGGCACAAACAGCUUCCACAUGUUUGCUCAUCAGUGUCAUCUCUUCAUGAGAAACCCUGACUUUGGAUGAAAUGGAUAAGGGAAUGUUGUGGCUGAUUUACAGCCCCAAGGCAGAAAGUCACCACCUGACGCGUGAUGUCAUACUGCUAAGUCUACCAUAGUGAUGCCUUGUCUUAAUUUUUUAUUUUUGGGGCAUAUUUAGGUCAAUUUAAAAAAAAAAACAUGAGGCCAAAAUAAAAAAAAUGUACAUGUUUUGUGAGAAAAACAGACGGCGAUUGGAAAAGCUUUGUUUGGGUAUUAGAAUGUUGUUGUUUUUUUAAAUUAACACACUAAUUCUCUUAAAUUUUCUGUUAAGUCCAACAGACAGCACAUUUUGUCUAUCUCAACAUAAUCUUUGUGAAACUUUCUUAUUCUGUCUUAAACAUAUGUACGCACAAUCACACCCUUUCAUGUAAAAUCACACAUUGAUGUCAAAUGAUGGACACAGGUCAUUUAUGAUUUACAUGUCAGGGGCAGGUUUCAUUUAACAGGAACAAUGGGAUAUAACUGUAAUCACUGGUUUUUCUGUCUACUGGUAGCAUCAGAUGUAAGAUUUACACUGUCAGCUCCAUAGUAACCAGUAUUAUACUGCUGUAGCAGAAAAACAUGGAUGGAUCUUGUGUUUAUAUCGAUUUCUCAGCUUGUACUUAAGCUGAAGUUGUACACUAUUAUUACUACAACCUGCAAAACCAUUUCAAAACUCGUGAAUUUUCAAAAAUUGAUCUAACACAUUUUUGAUGACACGUUUUUUUUCACAUUUUUGUUGUUUUUUUUUUUUUAAACAAAAGCAAUACAGGCUAACUCUGAAACGGUCUUUGCAUUUGAUUUAAAACACUGAAAUAUGUGCAAUUUACUAAUUUCAAUGUGAAUAUAUGAAUGAAAAACAGUAAAUAAUAAUAUGAAAAACAAAAUUCUUUAAAGCUCUAGAGGGCAAAGAGCUACUUUGACAUAAAUGCAUGCUUUAAUUUUUGAAUGAGCAGUUUCUAUAAGGCCAAAGUAGGGUCCCUAAUGUCAUAUUUGAGAAUUGCUUCCAUGCCACACUUUAAAUUGUUACCUGAUUUGAAUGAUACAAUGUAUUUGUAUAAACAAAUUCUUAAAAGGGGGAAAAACUUGCAUCUCACACAUCUAGUCUUUGCUGUGCUCUUACUCUGUCUGAAAUAUUCACACACUAGCAGUACCUCCUUUGAAUAAACUCUCUGCUAGUGCAGUUUUCCAUGGAAAUGGGUUGUAAGAGACUGUCCCUUGAUCGUGCAUCAAAAUCAAUCUCUCCAGUGCAUUGAUAUUGAGCCAUGUAUCUGAUUAUGUCCUGUGGAUCUAAUAGCUUUUCUUCUUAUGUGGUGAACCUGUUGUAUAUUCGGGCUUUUGAGUCUUUUACCUGCAGAUGUGUUGUUCAGCUCUUGGUGUCCUCUCUGAUCAAAUGCCUACUGUUCUAUUUUUUUCCUUGUUAAUAAAAACACACCUGAGACAUGUAUCAUAACCAGCUGCCUCAUGGCAUCAGUGAAACUUGAGAUAUUUGUAUUUCCAAUACUUUAUAAACUUCCUCUCUUGUCCUAUUGUCCAAAUAAAAUGAGUGAUGUUUA